GCAACCGGCCCGGCCAUGGAGCGCGGCGGCGGCGGCGGGAGGGGCUCGGCGGGGCAGGAGGGGCCGCUGUUCCCGCAGCCACCGCCACCCGGGGAGGAGGAGAAAGAGGAGGAGGAGGAGGAAGAGGGGGCGGAGGCGCAGGCGCCGCCGCCGCCCGAGGCCGAGAGGGACUGGAGCGUCGUUGGCGGCGGGAUGGAGGCGGUGGCGCUGCGAGACCUGCCCACCGCUACCAUCGCCUGCAACCUAGACCCGCGCGUGUUCCAGGACGGCCCGUGCCGGGCCAAAUUUGAAUCGCUCUUUAGAACAUACGACAGAGAUAUCACCUUUCAGUAUUUUAAAAGCUUCAAAAGAGUGCGAAUAAAUUUCAGUAACCCAUUAUCUGCAGCAGAUGCUAGAAUCCAGUUGCACAAGACAGAGUUCCUUGGAAAGGAAAUAAAACUGUAUUUUGCUCAGACUUUGCACAUUGGAAGUUCACAUUUGGCGCCACCAAAUCCAGACAAACAAUUUUUGAUUUCACCUCCUGCUUCUCCACCUGUUGAUUGGAAGCAAGUAGAGGAUGCUACUCCAGUCAUUAAUUAUGACCUUUUAUAUGCUAUCUCCAAGUUAGGACCAGGAGAAAAGUAUGAGUUACAUGCUGCAACUGACACUACUCCUAGCGUUGUCGUCCACGUAUGUGAGAGUGACCAGGAAAACGAUGUGGAAGAAGAAACAAAGAAACCCAAGCCAAGAAUUAUUCAGACAAGAAGGCCAGAUUAUACUCCUACCCACUUAAGUUGAACCACUGUUGUUUUUCCAGCAUUAUGAGUUGAUAUAUGCAAGGGAAACAUUUACUAUGGAAACAGCAGGUCACAGGUUUGGUGGCAACAGCAACAGUUGUAGUAGGAGAAAUACAGUAAGUUUGCUCAGAAAAAAUACAGGAAGUUUCGUCCUUAUUUUUGAUGCUGUGGGUUGAUGGAUGACGUGAGUGUGUUCCCAGAUCACUGAGAACAGAAGAUAGGCAGAAGACAUUUUGAGACACAACAGGACAAACUAGGUUUAUUUUUUGGGGGUACUGUAGGCUGUUCCAUUAUAAAGCAACUGGGGGAAGCUUUCUUUGUUCUGGCUCACAUAAAUCCUCAAACUAAUAGGCUAGUCAUUGUGUAGAGUACAUAAUGAUAACAGAGGUGGUUUUAAAGAUUAAGGUAUGGGAAUUGUAAAGUUUUUUCUUAUAAUACAUUUUGUGCAUGUGUAUUCUUGGUCUUCUAAAGUAACUUUGCAUUAUUUUCUAUAGUUUCUCACAUGUUUCUGAAAAUCUGGGAGAUUGUUUAUAAAGUAUUUAUUAUCUCAGCGUCCUGGACUUAAUACUAGAUAUGUAUAUACCUAUAUAUUUAUAUUUGGUUUUACUGGCACUCAUUUUCCAGCAGGCGUACAAUUUCUUCAGCACCUUGUUCUGGUGCUUUCUAACUUGUGCUUUUAAAAAUUUAACCUUUUAAAUGCCUAUAUAUGGUUUUAUCUGGCAAAGUAAUGGAAAAAUGUGCAAUAGGAAAGUUGUUUAAACAAGUUGAUUUUAAAAUUAUUUAAGUUUAAUUUAUAUCUUCAAUAACAUUUGUUCAGUAACCUUGACUUUCUCAUUUGGAAAAAAAGUACUCUUAAAUGUAUAAAUAAAGCUAGUGUUGCAUACUCACAACAAUGUAAUUUUUCAGUGAAAAAAAAUGUAAUGGAGAGAUGUGAACUCUUCUCAGUAUGUGAAUCUGCGUUGUUGUGAGCAAAGGUUUAACAGUGAUUGAAAAAUUGCACACAGUGUGUAGAACAGCAAAGAGAUGGAGUGCCUUUUCUUCGUUCAUUCCUGAUGUGAACUGUUCUACAAGCUGCACACUUGUAUCUUUUUCUACUGGCUUUGUAUGUCCAUAAAGAUAAACUUUCUUAGCUUUGCUUCCAAAAUAAGCUGAUAUUUAGAAAUGCUUAAUGUCAAGUAAUGGUGCGUACUUAAGUAAUGGGUAUAUGUGGGAGAAGUUCUAGGGUUUUUUAUAUGUUAGUGUUUAAAGACAGUAGCUCAUGACAUAAAAGUUUAGAGGAAGAAAGAUGCCAGAGGUGUAUUUUACUACUUGCUUUUUAAAAUUAAGACCCUCACUUUGAAAUAGGUUUCAGUAUUUUUUUCAUAAGAGAUAGUAACUGAUAUCUGUGGGAAAAUACUGCUUACAGUUUUAGAAGGGGGAUGUUUGAACUUUCUCAGUAUGUUUUUGAAUUCAAAGCAUGUUUUUCUGCCAGUUUGCUUUUGCCACAGUUGCUCUGAGAAUGAGUUUUGUAGCUGGAGUUAAUAUAAAGAAAUCCAUUCUGUGCCAUUUGAAGCAAACAUUUGACUAAAAUGUCCAUGUUCACCCCUUGUUUUUUGAAUAAAUAAUACAUAUUUCUAAAAAAAAGUAAGGUGUAUAAUGAAGCCAUUCCAAGCUGUGGUGCAGUGUAAAAGCAGUGUUGUUGAGGGUUUGUGGUUAUACUAAGCAAAAUAGAAAUUGACAUCCUGUGACCACAGAGAUCAGGAAUAUAUUGAACUUCAUUAAAACUUUGAAGUUAUGAUCCUGUUUUGAUGUGCCCUGUAAACUGAAACAAACACUGAUACUUUGUCUCUGUCUUGGACCUAACUCAAGUGGUGUUCCCUCCAUGUUAAAGAGUGUUAAGAGCUAAUGCCAUGUAUUGCUGGAGCCAUGUCUUAUGGACCUGAAGGUGCAUAAGAUUAUUUUGUGUUACUAGAGUGUAACCAUCAGCUGGAUACAGAUACUGCUCAUUAACACACAUAAUAAGUGAAAUACAAAGAAACUUUGUAGGUUUGCCUCACCUUCUCUUAAGCCUUUCCAAGCCUUUUUUCCAUGUUUCUCACAGUUCUCAUGGACUUAAUGUUUCACUUAAUUCAAUUUAAAAUUGUUGGAAUAGUUCCUCUUCUGUCCUUUUUCCAUCUUUCUAUGUUUACCAAUCAAACCAUUAGUUUUGCAUUAGAAACCCGGGUAGCUGCUGUUCUGUUUCCUGCCAAUCAUAAGGAAUCAGUGCCACCUUUCAAUUAAAAAGAACAGAAUGUUACUUAUCUAUAUGGCUUUCAUCAUUUUAGUACACUGACAUCAGCCUAGUAAGGUGAGCACUAGAAACCAUGGAACUCUUGGAAUGGCUACAGUGUGUUUCCCCUUCUGAUGGUAUUUGUAAACAAAGAUUGUGAGACAGUAAUUUGCCUGUCUUUCUGAUUGUAUAUCCUGGCUUGUGCCACCUUCUGUUAUCAUUACUACAGUGUGUUGCUUGCUUUUUCUGUUUGGGGGUUUUUUGAACGUUCAAAUGAAUACUUACUUAGUAUUUUAUACAGUUGUAUAGUAUGGGACAUAUUUAAAUUAAAAUAUUUUGUUGUCUUCUUGUAAA